UCAUUUCUGCGAAGAGGUUUACAACAAAAAACAAAACUAGAAACUUACCCACAAUGUGAAAGUCUUGAGGAAAGUCACCCCCCAUUGAGCUAGUUAUUCCAGCCAAGUAAAGGGACUGAAAGGGCAAGAGAUACUUAGGGGGUUCCUGACUUUGAGCUGUUUGAAGGAUCUCUAGUUCUGAAUGUAGUGUUUAAGAUGCUCUUUGCUGCUUUCCUGACCGUUUCUCUGCUGACUUCUUUAACUCCAGCGAAGGACACUGGCAUCGGGGAGGAAAUCAAUGAAACCAUCAUCUGUACCAAAGACCUGAUUGAGGUGGAGAUUCCAAGUAAAUUCUUUCUAUCAAAGAACCCUCCAAUCCUAAUCUCUGAUUUACACCUCAAUGACCCAGAAUGCCAUGGUACUGAGACAGGAAGCUUCUAUGUAUUCAGCAUUAAAACCAAUUUCGCAGACUGUGGGACUAGAAUGGAUUCUGAUGGUGCACACAUUGUUUUCAUCAACACUAUACAAAGCAACUUCUCUGAUAUAAUUACAAGGACCUUUAUCAAUAUCACAUUUGCUUGCCGAUACCCUGUUAAUUACAUGGUGCAACAGCCUAACGGAGAGAAUAAAAUCAGUGUUGACAUCAGAACCAUUACACUGAACACAGAAGAUGGGAAUUUUUCUGUCUCAAUGAUGCUGUACAAGGACCCAAAUUUUGAGGAUAUGUGGACUACUGUUCCCUUUCUAACCCUAGAGGAUAACAUCUUUGUCAAAGUCAAUAUGGUUCCAGGUCAUUUAAUAAUCCAUCUUGAAAACUGCUGGUCUACACCAACAAAGAAUCCUUCUCAUGCUGUUCAAUAUUCCUUUAUAGAAGAUAGCUGCUCCCAAGUUGUCAAAGAUGAAACACUGUCAGUAAUAAUGAAUGGCGAAGGUGCAGAAGCAAUGUUUAGGAUCCAGAUGUUCAAGUUUGUUGGCAUCUCUUACAAUGACAUUUUCCUACACUGCACAGUUCAGAUUUGUCACAGUAGAGCAGCUGUUUGCAAGCCAAAUUGUACUAAUUAUGGUAGAAUAACCAGGAAUAAAAGAGAAACUACACCAUUUCCUACUCACACAGUCUCUUAUGGUCCCAUCAAGCGAAAGCUGGAAGAUGAUGGAGAAGCUAACAUAAAUAAAGGAAAACUUCCAGCAGUUGAAACUUUGAUCCUUGGAGGAUUGCUUAUGGCAUUUUUAGUUAUAACUGGAGUCUUUGGAACACUUUUGCUUCAGUCAAGAAGAGCAUAUCCUCCUAUGCAAGCUCAGCUGACUAUGUCACAUUUUCAUAACUCAGAAGUAGCAUCAUGAUUAGCUGAUUCCUCUAUCUUACAAUAUUUGAUCUGAGUCACAGCAAGGGUCAUGAGGCCUAAUAGGGUGCCAAUCUCAAAUUAAUGUUUAUUUUAUACAUGUGAUUUUUAUUUUUGAUUCAACUGAAGGCCACAGAUUAAUGAGGCUACACUUUUCUGUUCAUUUUCAUAAUAAACAGUACAGUUUAUUAUGCAAUUGGUAAAGUAAUGCAUGCUGAGAACCUAUAAUUAUGUUUUCUGGAGAAUUUUAAUUUACCGCAGACUUGUCAUUUUCCCCUACCUAAAAAACCCAGAUAUUUUUCACCUCCUCCUACUCCACCCCAAAAGGCCACCCCAAUUGUUAUGGCAUAAUCACCAAUUGGCUAUUGUCUCAAAGAUAAACAGACUGUUUCUGACUGAAGCUGAUGCUGAGUCACUAGUAGAAGUCAUGGAACAGACACUUAAACUACUACUGUUUCAGAGACUAUGAUGGUAUCAAAAGUAUCAUUUGCAGGAUCAUUAAAGUCAUCAAUGUUCUACUCUUCCAAUUCAAUAGACAAGUUUCAUUCAUUGGCAUGUUUUAUUUUGAAGUACAUGAAGAAACUAAAUUUCUGCAUUCUUUGAGAUGAGCAUUAAUCCUUUGUAUCUUGCUAUUUGACACUUUUUGACAGACUUAAGGGAUCUGGUUACAUCAUGAUCAAAAUUAGUAGUCUAGACUUAAUCCCAUCCCUGUAACAGUGUUAAAACACUAGACAGGCCAUGAUUUGUUAUAGAAACCCAGUUGGCACUUUGCUGUUUACAAGUUUUAACUAUUAUAACUGGGAAUGGGAAUAAUUGUGUUGAAAGCAGGAACCCUGACUCAGUCAUAAUGAUAAUGUAGAAGGUGGUUAGAAUACCCUUUCUUCCUACAAGCAGACAGGUCUUUCAUGAUUAAAGGCAGAAUGCAUUGAAGCAACAGUAAGAAAAAUCUAACCGGUCAUGAGAACUUCUCAAACCACUUUUCUUAUAAUGUCAGUAUGCCAAAUGCUGUGAGGCUUAGUAUUAGUAUUAUUGCUAUCCUAUGGUAUGAACCCCAAUUUUUACUGUUUGAUGUUUUUAAUAGGAGCAGAUGAGCUUUGCUGGAAAGGAUUGUGAAGUGCCACCAUGUGCGCCUUUGUUUGAAAAGUUGGCCCUCGAUGUGUAUUUUAAACUUAGUAUGAGGUCUCUGUUUAUAUAUAUUUCCCUCUGAGAUCUGUGCAUACAAACAGUGGAAGAUGCAUGUGCAGAUCUACAGGCAGAAUUCGAUACCAAAACUUUUGAUUUUUACACCUUGCUAAAUGGAAAUGCUUACAUACUUGUAAAUCUGUUGCA